AUUGGCUUUUUGUUAUGAAUUCUAACCUUUCUCAAAGGGUGAAGAGAACAUUAGAAUUCUCCUUUUGGUUAAUCUAAUAGAAUUCCAGAAGUUUGAUCACCAAUUCCUUUUCUGAACAAGUUGAUCUACUAAAAACUCUCAGGUGGCAUGCUAACAUAUGAAGGUUUUUAAGAAAGCUGAUGGGUAGUAUUGAUGAGAGUCGACAAUCAUUACUUUCAGAAUCAAGAGAUAAUUCUCUUCUGAAUGAGAAAAAUGACCUCCAAAGGGGAAGGCCUCAACGUGGCAAUUCUUCAGAGAAAGAAGAAAAUGGUGUCCAAAACCCUUCACACCCUCAACACACAGAUGCAUUACCACAAGCAGAAUUUAAUUUCAAGCCAGUGUGCUUAUGGCUAGCUGCAUACUUAGGUGGAGGAACCCUUUGCUUCCUUCUCGCAAGCAAUCAUAUAAAUGGCAUAAAAACCAAUGGAUUUCUUGAUGCCAUUUACUUCUGUGUUGUGACAAUGACAACUGUUGGAUAUGGAGAUCUUGUGCCAGAUAGCAAUUUGGCAAAACUUCUUGCAUGCAUUUAUGUCUUCAGUGGCAUGGCUCUUGUUGGCAUAAUUCUCAGCAAGGCAGCAGAUUACAUUGUUGAAAAACAGGAAAUAUUCUUAGUUAGAACCUUAAGGAAGGGUGAAAAUGUUGAAGAGCUUACCAAAGAGGUUGAAUCUAACAGAGUUAAAUACAAAUUCAUGCUGACAGCAUCCAUCUUUUUGGUGCUUAUGAUUGUAGGAAUUAUUUUUCUCUAUUUUGUUGAAAAUCUAGAUUUUGUUGAUGCCCUCUAUUGUGUUUGUUCCACAGUCACUACUUUAGGGUAUGGAGAUAAGAGCUUCUCAACUACUAUUGGUCGUUUCUUUGCUGUGUUCUGGAUAUUGAGCAGCACCAUUUGCUUAGCUCAAUCUUUUGCUUAUCUUGCUGAACUUUAUACUGAAAAAAGACAAAAAUCACUCGCAAAAAAAGUUCUUUCACGAAAAUUUUCACUCAUUGAUCUUGAGGCAGCUGAUCUUGAUGGAGACCAUGUUGUCAGUCCUACAGAGUUCGCUUUGUACAAGUUGAAGGAAAUGGGAAAGAUCAGACAAGAAGAUAUUUUAGUUGUGAUGGAUCAUUUUAGAAAACUAGAUUUUGAUCAAUCAGGAACCCUGACAGAAGCUGAUCUCAGAUCAUGAAUUUCGAUCUACAUUUAACCUUUGUCAUUGGUAUCAUCUUUUAUACACUUACUUGAGGCGUUUCAAAGUAUUCUUGUAGGACCUGUACUCUACGUAAGCAACAAGCAUAUAUGAAGAGUGCUUGGUGAAAAAUAAUAUUGUUUUAAACUUUUAA